AUGAGAAUUCAAGUACUCGAAACCCAAUUGAAUGUCCUUCAAGUUAAGAAGGAAGAAUUAGGAAAGGAAAAUUCAAAUAUGAUUGAAAGCUUUUGCAAGACACAGGAGGAACUUAGAAAUGAAAACAUCGAUCUUGUAAACAAAGUAAAUAGAUUACACAAAAUAUGCAAUGACGCCUCUCCCGAGAUAAUGAGACUCACAGAUCUAUUAGCUUGCUGCAAAGAAGACAAUGAAAAUUACAAAUCGUCACAAGAAAAAUUGAUUUUGGAAUUGCAAACAGUUAAAGCAAAAUUGACUGGUAAGUUGUCGAGCUUGACUAUUAAUAAGGUAUCCGAGAUUCAGUACACCCGUGAACUUGACACUCAAAAUAAAGAUGUUGCUAAGGAGUUGACCAUUGUGAAAGACAUCAUCACAUCUGUACCGGAGGACGUGGGUGAUUCGGAAGCUUGUGGCUGAAUAGAUACAAUCUUCUUGUAUAAUGAAAUAUAUAAUUUAUAAUAAUGUAACAUACAGUGUGAAGUUAACGUUUCCUGUUGACGGUUAUUUAUCUAAUUUAGUAUGUAUUAUUCGGGUGGUAUACAUUCAUUGUUUUAGGAAUUGCAGACGAUCCUACCCAUCGCAGGGUCAGUUAUUAUUUUACUGUUGUUUAUGCUAAUAUGCCCCCAAUAGCAUCAGUAGCUAAGUUAAUUAAUAGUUUUUGAAGGAAAAUGUCAUUUGGAGGUUGUUUUUUUUUUUCUUUCAAUUAAAUUAAUUUGUUAACUGUGUGCUGUUGCGUUUCCAUCUGCAUGAGAUUCCAUUUUUCUUUUUGAAAAAAUAAAAAUCAUUAAAUAAAAUCCUGUCCUAUUUCUUCAUCCUGCUUCACCUAACCUCUAUUUAAACUUAGCAUUUAGAUAGAGGUUGGUUUCUGUUUAUCAUCAUUAUCACAUUCCAUUUGGUGUAAGCAAAGAUAAUAAAUAGCAGAAGAUAGAGCAGCUUCUGAAUACAGUGGAACAUCCGUUCGAAAGGCAUUGUGGGUACACGGAACAGCAAUUUUACUCCGUCUGCGCGGUGGCGCUAUAUAGCAAUAAUAAAGGCGCCGCUCUGGUUCGUUUUUUGUUUUUUUCCCUGUAGUUUCUCCACUUAGUAAAAUGUUCAAAUUUUACCUUAUUCGCGGCAGGGCGUAUGUUCCAUCAAUUUUAAUACCAUACGCAGAGCAUCUCAUUCUUCUGCUAUUUAAGUUCUUUGGUGUAAGUUUUCCUUUUUUUUAUGUGUUUCAAAAUGUUAUCUGGUCAAGAUCAUAUUCACUAAUGCUAUAUAGUUUGUACUGCAAAUAAUGUCUUGUUUUACCCAGAGUUAAAACAAUAUUUUAAUAAUGAUAUGAUCAUAGUGAUAUUUUUUUAAAUCGUGACUAGAACAUUAACAGCAAUUAGUCUAGAUCCAUUUCAAUAGACCUUUCCGCUAAGCCCCGCCCCUUGGAUAUUGUUGCUAAGGUC